AUGCAAGUGCCGGUUCUCGGCUGCACUUUCCUCACGCUGUCAGAUCGUGAGGAAAGUACUGCCGAGAACCGGCAGUUGUCAGAGCGGGGAUCGGCACCGAUCAUCAGGGCACUGAUAAUCAGUGCCCUGAUGAUCGGUGCCCAGCAGUGCCACCCGUAAGUUCCGCCCACCUGUGCCCAGCAAUCACCCACCUGUGCCCAGCAGUGCACCCACCUGUGCCACUCUGCAAUGUCACACACCUGUGCCCAGCAGUGCCACCUACCUGUGCCCAGCAGUGCCACCCACCUGUGCCCACCAGUGCCACCCACCUGUGCCCACCAGUGCCACCCACCUGUGCCCAC